AAAAGGACCGUACCCCUACAAAAUUCAAUCAAUACAAUAUAACAUGGCUGCCAAACGAUACUCUGUGGUUAAUUUUGUAUUUGGACAUCAUUUCAUUAGUUUCUUAUAUCUCCCCCGGGGGGGUUGGGGGGGGGGAUCGUAUUCCUGAUCGAUGACAUGAAGACAUGCUCGAUCCCAUCCAUACAGUACAACACAUAUAUAUGACAUGAAUUUUUUUGGCCGCGAGGAUCAUCAUCAUCAGGACCUUAAUAUUAAUAGUGAUGACAUGCACAGCAACAACCACACUUCCACCAGCCGUUCCUCCGACUCCGGUGAACCUUCCCACGACUCCAGAUGGGCCCCUAAGCUCCUCAGAGACUGUGCCAGAGCCAUCUCUGACGGUGACUCCCCAAGAAUCCACCAUCUCCUCUGGAUGCUCAACGAGCUCGCCUCCCCUUACGGCGACUGCGAUCAGAAACUUGCCUCCUACUUCCUCCAAGCCCUUUUCUGCAAAGCCACCGAGUCCGGUCAGCGAUGCUACAAGACUCUCGCCUCCAUCGCCGACAAGUCCCACUCCUUCGAUUCCGCCAGAAAGCUGAUCCUCAAGUUUCAGGAGGUCAGCCCCUGGACGACCUUCGGCCACGUGGCUUCCAACGGCGCAAUUCUGGAAGCUCUGGAGGGAGAGACCAAGCUCCACAUAAUCGACAUAAGCAACACUCUGUGCACGCAGUGGCCCACCCUGCUGGAAGCCCUCGCCACCCGAAACGACGAGACGCCGCACCUGAAACUCACCGUCGUUCUGACAGGGGGGAGCGGAAGCACGGGGGCGGGUUCGGUGAUGAAGGAAGUGAGGCAGAGGAUGGAGAAGUUCGCGAGGCUAAUGGGGGUUCCGUUUGAGUUGAAGGUGAUGAGCGGUUUGAAUCACCUGGGAGAGCUGACCAGGGAUGGGCUGGGGGUGCAUGAGGACGAGGCCGUCGCCGUGAACUGUGUAGGCGCGUUGAGAAGAGUGAGAGCGGAGGAGAGAGGAGGCGUGAUUGCCAUGUUCAGAUCGCUGAAUCCACGGGUGGUGACGGUGGUGGAGGAGGAGGCAGAUUUUUUGAGCAACAGGGACGACUUCGUGGAGGCCUUCGAAGAGUGCCUGAGGUUCUUCUCGCUUUACUUCGAGAUGCUGGAGGAAAGCUUCGGGGCGACCAGUAACGAGAGACUGAUGCUGGAGAGGGAGUGUUCGAGGAACAUCGUUAGGGUUUUGGCGUGCGGGGUCGAUGAGGAGGAGGAGGCCGAGAGGAGCGAGAGAGGGAGGCAGUGGAGCCAGAGGCUGAAGCAAGAGUUUCGACCCUUGGCCUUCAGCGACGACGUUUUGGACGACGUGAAGGCAUUGCUCAGGAGGUAUAGACCGGGAUGGUCGUUGGCGGUGCCUUCACCGGAUGACGUUUUCUCCUCUGGAAUCUACUUGAACUGGAAGGACGAGCCUGUGAUUUGGGCUUCCUCAUGGAAACCCUAGCUACCUAUCGAUCAUAUUAGUAUUCAUUUCUGCGUACAGCUACAUCGAUCCACAUAUCUGAUUUUUGUUUUAUAAAACAUGCAAGAAUUGCUGGCUAUUAUACCCGGCGGGCGGCGGCUAAGCGAGCCUCAUGUCCAAAAAAGAGUGGGGGGGG